ACUGUGCAUCUCGUCUUGUUGCUCUCGCACUAUUAAUCUUUUGCUUGGCUAUGUCUGCUUUAGCCGUCCUGGCAAUUGUGUAGCUCGUCGCUAACAAAAUGGCUAUUGCAUAACUGUGUCAGGAACUUGAACGCAAACAGUCAACUCCGUAUUUUCCUCGGCCAUGAAAAAAAGAGAGUCGGGUAUUCAGUCGUGUUCAGCCAUGGUUUGCGCAGUAAAAGUAAUGUUGCUACCUUAGUAGGGUACGCAAAGUGGGUUGGAUGUUGAUGCCUACGUACGUCUUCUCGAGGCUAUUGCAUCGCAACCCCGCGCCAACCCUCGCCAGACCUUGGAUCCCCCAGGUUCCAGGCUCUUCUCCACCAUGUCGACUACACUCACAUCUUUAGCACCAGCUCACAUAAAAACUCGCUUUCUUAUCAUCUCCGAUACCCACUCUGCCACUCCAUCGCAGAAUACCACCAACAAUGGCACAGCCUUUCGUCCACCGCUCCCCAAAGCCGAUGUGCUUCUCCACUGCGGCGACUUGACCAUGGUUGGCCACUUGACAGAGUAUGAGAAAACCUUGGACAUGCUGGAGGGUAUCGAUGCUGGUCUGAAGCUUGUCAUUGCUGGUAACCAUGACAUUACUCUAGACGCGGACUACUAUGGCAAAAAAGGCAGAUUUAUGCAUGGGAGACAGUAUGACCAAGAAAUAUCGGCUAAAGCAAAGGAGUUGUGGACUGGUGAGCGAGCCAAACAGGCAGGUGUGACUUAUCUCGAUGAGGGAGUACAUAUAUUCCAGUUGGAAAAUGGAGCAAAUCUGCGGGUCUAUGCAUCUCCCUAUCAGCCGGAGUUUUGCGGUUGGGCAUUUCCUUACAAUCGAGAUGAAGAUCGUUACAAUCCGUCCCACCAAUGCACCCCAAAUACCAAACCUAUCGCCGACAACCCCAUUCCUGGCUUCCCCAACAUCGAUGUCAUGAUGACCCAUGGACCACCUUUUGGUGUCUUGGACGUAACGCGAACCGGCGAGCUAGUCGGCUGCCAACACCUCCUACGGGCUGCUAGACGCUGUAGGCCACGUUUACAUUGCUUUGGGCACAUACAUGAAGGGUGGGGUGCACAGAAGGUGCUGUGGAAUAACGGCGAACUGGACGUGAAGCCUGAACAGUGUAUCCAAAGAGCUGAUACCAUACAUGUUGAUAGUGGGAAGACCGCAAACGAGAGGGCAGCGACUGUGGAUAUUAGCCAGGGAAGCAGCACUGCAGUCGAGUUUGGAAAGGAGACUUUGAUGGUCAAUGCUAGCAUCAUGAAUGUUCGGAAUGAUCCAUGGAACGGACCGUGGCUUGUGGAUUUGGACCUUGAGCGAGCAAGUUGAGCUCGAUCAUUUAGCUUUUUGCUCACGUAUGUGACUUUUAGAGAUAUCAUCAAAGAUCAAGCCUUUUUUUGUCCUGGUUCUAGGCAUUGAUACAGAGAAAACGAGCUUUUGAUAAUGGUGGUUCAGAUGAUCUUUGCAUUGGAUAACCGCUACCUGUACUAGAAUAGCUUGUAUAAAUAUACUGUAUACCCGCAGGCUAAGUUUAGCGCAGAAUAGCUUGGGCACAAAGGAGACACUUUCAAAAGUGCUUGGUGAGCACUGUC